AUGGCUGAAAUCCAAGGUGUGACUUUGGCGGAUUUGUGGCAUCAUCCCCUACUCAUGACAUGUAAUGAGAGAUAUUAUUUUCCGCAUGAAGCCUUGAUCGAAGUUAUGUGUGUGGAGAAUUGGGAGACUGACUAUGCAAAUUACACGGAGAAUCACAUCCCAUCUUACGGGAAAAGGAACAUCGAAACAACCAUUCAAAACUCCAAAUAUGCCAUAGCUUUUGAGUCUGUUUAUCAAGAAACAUAUCAGCGGGAAGAUGGUUAUCAAAAUAACGCUGUGGUAGAGCUUACUUAUUCGAAAAACAUAGUGGAUCGUAUCGGUAAAAAUUUGGCCAAGACCAAUCAAAAAUCUUUGACAAUGCAUGAAGUGGAACAAGAGCUUACUUCAUUGUUCCCGGAGCGACUUACAAAAUUAUAUAGUUUCUUUGUUGUUAAGAAAAAGAUUAGCAUGUCCUUCUUACAAAGUAGCAGAGUUUGA